UCUAAAAUGGCGCAGAAAGAAAACAACAUGAGCUCCGCACUUGAAGACCUCAGCAACCUUGUUCGUGCUUUGGAACAGCACAAAAAGAAGUCCGAGCAGAACAGCGAAUAAAACAAUGUUGAAGAAGCUGUACAUUUACUCUUCCGUCCAAAAAGACAAGAGAAAAAUGAACAGACAAAUCGGAACACUCUCACACGAUUACCAUCUUCCACCAAAAGACCUUUUCUAAUACCAAUAGUAAUACUUCUAAGCGAAGGAAAUCUGCAACAUUCAUGAAUGAUCUUGUGUUACUUUCUUCACCAAAAAUUAAAGUUAUACCGAAAGGUGAAUUGAAGAAACAUUUACAAUCAUCAGGAUUUAUUGUUAAUGCCUUCGAAGUUUUACUUGAAGCUCAGGAGGAUGAAAUCAGAGAAAUGAUUUUUGAAAAGUUCCAAGAUAAACUUCCAAGCAAAAAUCAAUUUUCAUUUAUGAAACCUGUACAUAAAAAAUUAAUGAAUCCUUCAGGCAUAAAUAACAUAAAUGGAAAAGUUUUAAAGCAUUUGUCUUCUCCUGGUAUAAACGGCUGCAUUUAUAUCAGGUCUUUAAUUGACACAACUAAAAGUUAUUUUAGUGCAUUCAUCAAUUGCUAUGAAGAGGAAGAAAAGGUUGAAUCUGAUAGUGAUGAUGGAUUAUUGGAAAAGCCAGCAUUUGGAUUAGUUAAAGAUAUAAAUAACAAUACUUCGACAUCAGGCCAAAUCGAGUCAUCAGCUCAAAGUUCAUCAAAGGAUAUUGUGCUUGAAUAAUCAGAAAAAAGCUUGGCUGCAGUACAGAAUUUGUGAUGAAGAAUUUGGUUGAUAUUCGUACAAUUCAUGCAGCAACCGGGAAGAAACAAAAAAUUUUAAUCAACAGGUCAGAUACAUAGUUAAAAACCACUUUAAUUCAAUAUAAACGUGGCCAAAUUGAAAUAUCUUACUUCCCAGAAGUAACCUUUGAAAAUGGAGAAGAAGGCAUGGGUGCAGAUGGUCCAAAAAGGGAAUAUUUUUAUAUGUUACUUCAAGUAAUACGUGGAGAAGGAAGCAUUCAACUCACGUAUGCUUCCUUGAAACGUGGAGAAGGAAGCAUUCAAUUGUUUGAGGGAGAUAUAAAUCAUAAAGUUCCUGUUUACAAUGAAUUCCACUUGGACAGUGAGUUAUAUCUCUAUGCUGGAAAAGUUAUUGCACAUAGCAUUCGACAUAAUGAAUGACCAGUUAUUGGUUUAUCUCCUGCAUAUGUCCAUUUUUUGAUUACUAAUGAUAUUGCAAAAGCAUAUUCUGUUGUAACAGAUCAAGAUUUUCCAGAUUUUGAAUUACGACACAUAAUACAGCAGGUGGUUAUAGUAUAUAUAUUUAGUACUAUUGAUUCUAACUUACUAUUAUUUGACUUUUUAUACUGUUGAAUCUUUAGAUGAGAAUGGUAAAUUUAUAAAUUUAUGUGUUUUUUUAGAUUCGAUCAUGUGAUGAUGACAAAGAAAUGUUUGCAUAUCAAAGUAAUGAUUUCUUAUAGUGUGAACGUAAAGCUGCUGGAUAUGGACAUUCCAUGUUUACAACAAAGACCAAGGACACAGCUUUGUAUCUGUUAACUAUAUAUUGCAUCUUUAAAAUGGGACAUGAAGAAACAGAGCAACUACGAGAAGGUUUUGAAACCAUCUUCCUUAUCAAACAAUCGAAGCAUUUGGAAAGAAGUAUUUCAAUCCACAUGUGACGUUGUGAUUCAGCCUGAAGAUCUUUACAAUUGAUUUAAGUUACCAAAGGCGAUAAAAAAGUGCAGUAUAAAAUCAUUGUUUUCAAAGUUAGAAUGGCAAUGCACUUUGUAAAAAUGUUAUUUUUAUAUCUACAAAUUUUAUAACAUUUUGUGUAAUAUUUUGUGUUUUUCAGCAAACAGCAAUGAAGAUACAGUUGAUGAAGGUAUUUCUAUUUUUAUAUUUUUAAGUUACUUACCAAUUUUUUAUAGGACUAUAAUUUGUAUUUUUAAUAUUGUUUGCAAGUUCAUGUAUUUCUUAUGGGUGUAAAAUUUGCAGCUUCUUUUUAUUUUAGCUAUCACAACAAAGGACCUAUUAGUAUUUUGUUGCUCUUUGCCAGUUCCUUUAGAAAAUGGCAUUACUCUAAAGUUUAACAGGAGAGGUAAACCAUUUCCUGAUGCAGAUACGUUUUGUCGAUACUUUCGAUUCCAAUUUGUCAUGAUGCAUAUAACGAUUUCAAAAAGGCAAUUGAUGCUACCUUACGAUUACAAGGACAGGGUUUGGACGUUUGUGAGUUUUUUAACUCGUUUUUUUUCCUUUUGCUGUCCUAAAACGUCCAAAGUUAUACAAAGUUGGAAGUUAAAAAAGAUUAUUAUAUAAGAUUAUAUAAGAUUAUUAUAUAUUAUAUAAAAAGAUUGUUAUAUUUAUGUUGACAUUAUGUUUCAUUUUGUUUACUUUUCGUUACAUAAAAAGGGGACUUAUUG